AUAUUCCAGAUAGUAUUGCACCAACAAUUCAUGAACCUAUUACAAGAUGUCAAAAUUCAUAUCUUAAUGGAGGAGGAGGAUCUGGUAAAACAACACGAGCAAUUAGAAUAUUUAAAAAUAUAAGUAUGAUUGUCUUUACUCAUACAAAUGCAUUAGCCAAAGAUUUUCAAGAAAAACAUAAUGUAAUUUGUUGUGGUGACGAUGCGCAACCUCCAUCAUGCUUCAGAGAAAUGCCACAUAAUUGGUUAAAAGAGCAUGCCGAUUAUUAUGAAGAAGUCUUGACUGAUUAUCAGGCCAAAUGUCCUAAAUUACGCAAACUCAAAAAAGGAAUGCAUCGUAAAAAUAAUCGGGUGCAAUCAGAAUUAUUUCAUGAAGCAAUUCCAGUUAUAGAAAAAUGGAAAUAUCUUGAAAAGGAAUGGUCUCCCUCAGAUCGAAUUUUAUCAGCACAUCGACUUUUUUGA